AUGGAUAUUCUCGACACGAACUUUCGAACAAUUUGUAACACUUCAUUGCUAUCGUUGGGCAUCAACGACACCGGCGGAACGAUCUGCAGCGGGCUGAUCGAGCGAUACUUGGUCCCAACUGCGCGCGCCCUCGGCGAGACAAGGAUGAAUCCGGAAGAGCUCUGCCAGUUGUUUAGCUACUGCAUCGCGUACAAUACGACGCAGCUAUCACUGGGCGCACCAAUGACGCUCUCGGGGAAACAGGGUCGCGUUGGCCCGACCACGAGGGAGGCCACGCAGCGCAUUUAUCGCAAGGCCGAGGCAUCCUUUCUCAAGUUUGCAACGUCGCUCGUUGCACGCAGGGCAGUCGGCACGGCGAAGACAACAAGCCCAGAAAUCCAAUCUGAACCGGUCGCGCCAAACACGACGAUGCAACCUGAUCGGCCCCAUUCCAACCGCGUGGCGGCGUUGUUUGCACCAAAGCCUUCCUACAGGGAGAUGCUUGCUACACAUGGACGUCGUGGCGAAGAGCGUUCGCACCGGAGGGACCAACCAGCUUCGGAAGCAACGGAUGUCAUCCGUAUCCUGCAAAUCACAGACAUCCAUCUCGACUUUGAGUACCAAAGAGGGACAAACCCAAACUGCGCAUCUUACAUGUGCUGUCGCGGGGACAGCGGGCCUGGGAACGCAGGUCACUUUGGUGACUACCAAUGCGAUUUGCCCGUGCAGACCUUGAAAUCCAUGUUUGCCUACAUUAACGCCACGCUGGCGUAUCCUGGCAACCCUUCGCUGAAUGCAUCUAGUGCACCCAAUGGACAUCUCGACUUUGCAAUCUGGACGGGCGGCAACUCGGCGCAUGACAUCUGGAAGGCGACUUGGGAGAGCAGCUUCAAUGCCAGCUCCUUCAUUGCCCGAGAAUUGUUCAGCAAUCUCCCCGGCCUACAGGUAUACCCGACGUUUGGAACCUACGAGACCUAUCCAGCCAAUUUGUUUGACAUCCAGCAAGACAAGCACAUCCUGGAUGCGUACGCCAACCUCUUCAACUUGUGGCUCAGCAACGACACGCUGUCCUCGUUCCGCGAUUUUGGCACGUACUCUGCGUCCGUCCGCCCGGGCUUGAAAGUCCUCUCCAUGAAUUCCAUGUUUUCCAUCGCGCUGAACGUACACAAUGCCGUCAAUCCGCAGCGCUCCGACUUUGCCGAUCAAGAGGAAUUUCUCAACCAGGCCUUCCUGGACGCCGAGGAAGCAGGGGACAAGAUUUUCGGAUUCACGCACUUGCCAGUCGGAUCGGCGGAUGCCACCGCUCGCAGCGGCGCGUACAUUUCAUACCUGUCAACCAUGCAUCCUGGCGUCAUGAAGUGGGUUGCAAGCGGUCACACGCAUCGUGACAUGUUCCAGCUGGUGCACCCGCUGACCAUGCCGAGCUCGGCAACAGGGCGACCACAGCUGAACACUGCCCUUCCGCCAGUGUCCGUGUGGUUUCAUGCGCCUUCUUUGUCGACGUUCCAGAACACAAAUCCAGCAUUCCGCAUCUACACGCUGAACGCCACUACCAUGGAGAUGAUUGACCACGAGACGCACUUUUUCAAUCUCACGGCCGCCAACGACGCAGCGGCAGCACUCUUGGCGUUGCUCCCAAGCAACACCUCCGUCAACGCAAGCAUUGAGAGGCAGCUAGACGAGAUUGCGCUCAGCUCGUGGAGCAAGCUCUACACGAUGAAGCAAACGUUCGAGAUGCCCGACUUGUCCCCAGCCAGCUUUGGCAACUUGAGCCAAACCUUCCGCAAUGACCGGGGCACCGGCGAGGUCAUGGCCACUCUUGCAACAUCAGCGAGUGAGCCUCGACCCUGCGCCCCGGAAACGUGUGGAAUCGGGCUGCAUUGCACGUCCAACUACGCCAUUUUGAACUACUACGCCGGCUGCAUUGUCGGUCUGACUUCCACCAGUCCCGUUGACAUUUCCGCUGGUUGGUUGUAG